GCUGGUGAGAAAAAGAUGAAGGAUGCACAAGAUGAAGAAGAAAAGAAAAAGAGGGAGGAAGAAGAAGCAAAGAAGAAAGCUGAAGAAGAAGAUGAGGACGAUGAAGAAGAGGAGGAUGAUGAGGAUAUGGCAGAUGGAGAGGCAGAUGCUGCCGAAGACGAGGAUGAAGCUGAGCCUCAUGAUGAGUUGUAGAGCUAAAUUGACUUGCUCUUCAGCUACCAGAUGCAAUCAAAUUUCACAACUACCUGCCUUCCCACUCUUAACAAAACAAAAGUUGCUCAAAGAAAUCAUCCAGAUAGCAGUCCAUACGCAAUAUAUCUAUGGCAUGAGUAGUUGUGAUUGUUUAGUAUUUUUUACCUUUUAGUUCCUCCUAAUAGAUUCCAACUUCCCACCCCCAGUAUUUAUGUUUGAUUUUUAUCUCUUUGUUAUUGGAGCAGUAAGGAGGGUUACUAUACCAUUAAAUGUUCAUACCUAGAGCAAUAAUGAACAGGAGUGCUUCAUCAUCAAUAAUAAUAAGCUCAAUUGUGAUGUGUUAUGAUUGCAUCAAAUGUUUCCAACCAAUUUCUGACAAUUUUUUAACGGUUUAUCUUCAGAGUUGUAGAAAUGGUCUUAUCAAGUUUGUUUACUUCUAAAGAAAGUUUUAAUAAAAACAUUUUAUUUAAAUGUCUGCAAAUUGCUUGUAAUCUUCAUUAAUGUGAAGAAUAAUUUAGUUAUAUUGAAAAAAAAUAAAUAAUAAAUAAAACAAAACAUGUUUGAA